CCAGCUGUACUGACCCUUAUUGGCUUUUAAUGUGCCCAGUAUCACUCAAACUCCUGUAACCUGAUGCACAACUUCACUUUUGAAACUCUACUACAGAUGAGUCCUUCCUUUCCUGUGCCUCGAGGGAUAUAAAACAGGGUGGAAAAAAAAGCUUGGAAAUUCUUUCAGAUAAAUGCUGGUAAGUUCAUGUAAUUUUUUCUGUCCACCAGAGGUGAGUGUAGGGGAGAGCUUACAUGCUGUGACUCUCAGUUUUCUGCUGAAGGUAUGGCAGAAGGGGGGUCUUUCAGCUGGAGGCAUUCUACCUUUCUUCCAUUAUGCACCUUUCUGAAUUCUCAAGAAAUUCCAAUGGCCCUCAGAAAAGGCUUGCCUGCAGCAUUUUAAAUUUAAACCUCAUGUUUUGCUGAAGUUACAGUUUAGCUCUGGAUUCCUAAAGAGUGACUGAGCAAAUUUUUUUGAAAUUGUGAAAUGAAAUCAGUGCUUCAGGGAAAUCAGAGAGAGCUUGUGAAUUCAUCUGUUUUUGUGUUGGGAUAUCCAGCUGUUGUUGUCAGCAUUAUCAGUGGGAUGUCUUUGGUUCUGAAAGAGGCCCAUGUGAAUGAUGUGUCUUGCCACAGGAAGACUGUCUCUCCUUGGUCUGUGCUCCUUGCAGAGGAUCUCAUGUAGCUAGAUCUAAAUGACCAAGUUUGUAUAAACAUCACCCUUUGAAGGAGGGAAUGUUACAGGAAAAGCUUCAACUGCUGAGGUAAGGGGCCUUUUGUUAGAUUUUUCACUCAACUCUGGAGGCAGGAAUCGGUGGGGUUAGUAAAGAAAUCUUACUUACCAGCAAACCUGAUGUUUGAGUGGGCAAGUACUUUUGCUGGAAAACCUCUUGGUUUGUAAGCCUUUACAUUGAGAGCCUUUUUUGAACUCCUGGGUUUAGUAUAUCCAAAAUUGGGAAAAACCUUUUGAUUUGAGACUUGCUGUCAACUCUUUAGUUUAGAGUUUUGAGCUGGAGUCUGAACUGUGUGCUUGUGGGUACUGUUCCCUGACUCAUAAAUUUAUUCACAUGCAUUUGAUACAUGGGUGAAAAAACUGAGAGCAUGUAAUAUACCUUUUCAAGUUCUGAGGUGGUUACAGCUGCUUACAAUUUUGCAGGUGGUAUUUGGAAACAACCCAAAGUAUGAACAAUAAGAGUUCUAGCAAUUUCAACAUCCACAGAUGCAUUUUGUGACUUCACUAACAAUUCUAUUAUAACUUUCUUUCCUUUAUAAUAAUGGUGUGCAAAAUCAGAAAUGUGAAUUAAUCGCAACUGCACCAGUUCUUUCCUUUCCUACAGCAAAAUACUAUCCACAAGUAUUUUUUCUUUCUGUUGUUUGACUAAAAGCUGCCCACCCAAGUCUAUGCAUGACACAUUUGUGUCUUUUGUCCUACUCAUCUUGCACUGAAGUAGCAGUGGAAAGUAGCAGUCUACUCCUUCUAAAACCGGUAGGUUUGAUGGUACACUUAGAAAUAGUGAAGACUGGGACAGCACUUACUAUUUUCUUGCAUUAUGUAGAUGGGACAAGUCACUACUGUGAAGAGCUUCCUCUCCUCCAGCUCCACGGAUUUUGCUGUCUUACAAGUGUCAGUGAGCAAAACCAAGCUCUAAAUAGCUUUUGUUUGCAGCUGGCCUGAUUUUCCCAGGGACUUACAGGGUCUCAUUCUUGCUAAUUUUUACUUAAUGGAGAUACUCUUGGCCUUGGUGUGAGAAAAGAAUUGACCCAUUCACUAAACAUUUAAUUGUGCUUUAUGUCUUUAUACUGUGUGGGUGUUCUUGGCUUUGGGGCAAUAUUCAAGGGGCGUAUCAAUAGCACACUGUUACUGAAACAACUUGAAGAGCCCAGGCUCUUCUCUGCCUUGGCUUUCAUGAGAAGGGCCAAGUCUGGCUGCAAUGAGAGCUUCCUCUGGGCUUUUUAAGCGAAAGGAAUGAAUGAAAGGAACUAACGUCCCUCCUUAUAAAUAUGGUAGUGAAGCUGAGGUUUUUGUUUUGGAAUUGAAGUGCCUCUCCAGUGUAUAAAGAUCUCCUGCAAGAGCAUGUUUUCCUGGGGUCUGCUUCAUGGCAUAAUUAGCCUUUGCAUGUUUUACAGCAGGAGCUGACAGUGUGAUGUCUCCCAUGAUUGCUCUUCCAGUUGGCUUAGAAAGAAGAGGAAAGUGCUUGUAAUCAUAUUUAUUGUGCCUUAUGAGGCUGCAGUGACUGGGUAGUGUAUUCCUGUGGCACAGAAAAAGAUGAGCCAUUCAUCUGCUGGUGUCGCUUUUGUUCCUUCACCCCAACAGUGGGGUUUACUCCUAAAGUUGUCAUGCAUGCAGGGAACAUGAGGGGAUAUGUGGAAGGGAAUUUUUUCUAAUCUCCAAGAACACGACCAAGAAAACUGAGAGCAAAAUAUCUGCUCUGUUUGUGCACUUCAAACUCUUUGACACAGAGUCUUGGCAAGAGUUUCUGGUACUUUAUGCUGUUAGGUAUAAUAGUGUAUGUGAAAUUGAAAUUACUGAGUGAUCUAUUUCUAUGAUGGUUUUUCAGAUUUAAGACAAUCUUUAUGUAAGCAUGCACCUCCAUGGUAAAAAAAAAAUUACUUGGGCCACAUCAAUGGAGAGCCUGUUUGCUUGGACACUAGAAGAAAAUAGAGGUCUCAUUCUGAACAAACAGCUGAACUUAAAACUGGUGAAGUGCUGCAACAAAAGGACAAAUUGCUUCUUGGGUGUAUAAGAUUUGUCAUUGCCAGCAUCAUGCACAGAUGGUAAACAGGUACUGAAUAACUGUAUGCAAUGCUUUUUAAAGGGUGUUGAGAUUUAGGGAGGAAGUCAGAAAAGAAAGCAAAUGUUGGAAAGUCCAGGAAAAAAUCACUAAGAAAAUAACCUGUUAUGUGUUUAGCUGUUAAGAAUGCAGAGAAGUCUUGCUUUGCUGCAUAUAUUUCUGUAUGGGAAGAAAAUGAGAGAUGAGAGUGUUUUCAUGUAUUGGAGAAAAGCAUAAGGAGGAGGAAUACCUGGAAGAUAAAGGAAGGAAAAUUGAAGUAUGGAAGAAGAUAGAGCAUCUUGAUGGUGAUUGGUGAGGAGCCCCUUGAGCUUGCUAAUGUGGGAAUAGGGUGAGAUUGACAUCUAAUAUUAUCUCCAAAUUGAAAUCGUAUGCUUUUCUAGAAAAGCAUUCACUAGAUGAGUUUAUUCAACUUCAGUCAAGGUAAUCAAAGACCUUAAAACUCUAGACUUCUGCUUCAUGGGGUUUUGUUUGUUUGUUUGGGGUUUUUGGUUUUUGUUUGUUUGUUUGUUUGUUUGUGGGCAUUUGUGGGUUUUGGUGGGUUGGUUGGUUGGUUUGUUGGUUUGGUUGGUUUUAGAUUUUUGUAAAGCAGAGGAAACUAAUAAGAAACUGAUUUCUAUGUAUUGUGGCCAUGUAACUACAUGCUUGUGUAGGGGUCAAGUCAGAUUACCAGUAAUAGCUACACAUAUUAUAUACAACUCUAUUACUUUUUACUUGACUUUCAUGUUUCUAUUAUUUUUUUCUGGAAGUAAGCAAAUAGUAAGUGUGAGUGUAAUUGAAGUUGCUAUUGAAAGCUAGAGAGCUUCAAGUGAUGAAGAGAAAAUGUGACUAGAAAGUACUUGGUGCUGCAAAUUUUAUUUUUACCGCUGGAGGAUUCUGCUGUCAGUGUAAAUACAGAAUGUUUCUGAAGUUUUGAAAUUAUUAUUCAUAAUAAUCUAACCUAGUGCUGAUUGGGUUUUAUUUGUUUUGGGGUUUUUUUUGGUACAACUAAUAACCAAAUUCUCUGAGAUAUUAGCUUCCACUAUUUACAGACUUCUCUGUUUUCCAACAAAAAUUGACAUUAGCUUUUUAAAGAAACUGAGCAAUUUUUAAAAUGUAUAUAAGGCUGAAAAUUCUUUUGGAGGUGCAGUUAACAGGUUUUGUUUGGUAGUAAACUCAGAUGUCUUCCUGCAUUUUUUCCUUCUAAGACCAAAAUCAAAACUAUCCUGUGAUAUCCCUUAGCAGAGGUUUCAGUCUGAGUAACUGUAUAAUACUGGGUUGGACUUGAAGCACAUAACUAAGUGACAAAAAAUGUAGGAGCUGACCCACUUCAAGGACAGAGAGUUGUUUGGCUACUGCUUCUAGGGGGUAUGGGGGGAUCAGAGCACAUGAAACUUUCCUGGCUCCUUAAAGGAGGAUCCUACAUUAGUGUCAGCCCAGGCUUUGUGGUUAAGUUCAUGUCAUGCAACCCACAGUCAUAAUGGGGCUUGUGGGAAUUGUAGCAGUGUGUACUACCACAUAUAUGGAGAACUAGGUCAUGCAGGUCUGUGACAGGAUUGCGCUUAUCCAGGAUCCACAUUUCCCUUAAUGUUGCUUGACCUGAGGCAAAACCAGGUUGGAAUAACCUUUAUUUAUUAUACUGAUUUGCAGUAAAGAAGGACUUCCAAUAGGGAUAGUAUGUUGAAACUCCCAUAUACCUGUUGUCUCCUAGUUAGAGAAGCCAAUUUGUGACAGUGGUGGCUGUGCAGACCCUGCAGACAGAUCUCCUUACAGCUCUGUCUGAACCUGGCUUUGGGUCUGAGCCUACCUUCCUAUUUGUUUGUUCUGUCUCUACUACUUCAGGAAGCCUCAUAAAGCAAAUGAAAAGGCUUCAAUGGGUGCUUCAGGCUUGUCCCACAACCAGUACUGAGCCAGAGCCAUAUCAAGACUACAAAGAGUGUGCCAUGAUGGUGCUUGAGACAGAGGCACUAGAACUGACUUGGAAGUGUUUAAGGCCAAAUUGGAUGGUGGUUUGAGCAACCUGGUCUACUGGAAGGUGUCCCUUCCAUUAGGGUUGGAACUAGAUGAGCUUUAAUCAAUUCUUCCAACUCAAACCAUUCCAUGAUUCUAUGACUUAGUGAACUAUGACUGUGGCAGGCUGGAUAGAUGGGCUUCAGGUGUGUUCUAAGAGUUGCCACAAUGGAGAGGACUUCUGGAUGCUGCAUGUUGGUUGCUUCUGUUGUACCUAGACAACACUGUGGGCAGAGGGGGACAGUGCAUUGCCUGAUGCCUGUAGAAGUGUAAUGGAUCACUUGCAUUUUUUAACUACCACAUCAAAUAAAAAAUGGAGUUGAAUUCAACCUGCAAGUGGGCACUCAGACAGUUUUGUACCUAGUUUCUGCAACUAACCAUCCUCAAUGAAAUGCGUGUAUUCUGUUGUGUCUCUCCAGACUUAAUUUCAAGCCUACCAGGGCAGUAGUUACUAAAUGAGUUUUGCCAUCCAUUGCUUCCAGUACCUCAUGGUGUGUUUGCCUACAGUUUGCAUUAAUUUUCCCCGUUCCUCCAACUUUAACAGCUUGAUUAUUUCUCUUAGGGACCUUUUACUAUUCAGUGGAAAUGUGUCAUGGUGCUAUAUCUGCCACAGUGGCUCUGCUGUUAAUACCAAGUCAAUCCAAAAAACUAGAAAAGGUGCAGUAAAAUUUAGUGUCUUCUGAUUUACGACCUUGUAUUGCUGGAGCUUACUCACUUUUUGCCUUAUUUCUUUACUUCCCCAAGUAAGUUUUCAUCAGUGUGUGAAUGCAACUCAGCCACACAUUGUAAUGAGAGAACAAAGCUUCUAGAGCUAAUCAGUUUUUCUUACAUUCUGAGAAAAAAAUAUAAAUGUGGUUUUUAUUUUUCCUCCAAAUAUCUGGAAGAUGCUCCAGUAGCAUUUGCAGGGCUGCAGAAAUGUUCCUGUUUAGAAACCUGAGGGUGUAGUGCAAGUAAGGGAUCGAGGAAUAACUAGUGGCAGACACACAAACUCUCCAAAUGAAGACAUUCUUAGUGUCCUUGCGAAAAAAAAAAACUGUCCAUGUCUCCUAAACUCAGUGCUUGUCAGAGAUGAACUUACUUCCAUCAGGCUGCACUGGGCUUUGCACUGGGUCUAGGCAGUGGCCUGGUGGAGAGAUGAGUACUGAUUCUUCGGGAGUAAUGUAGAUAUAAGCACCUUAGUGUAAUUGCUAUCAGCUAAGUUGCUCAGCGCUGAAUCAGUGUUUGGGUUGUUACUAAGCCAGUGUGUCAGGAAGAGCACUGGUAGGAUGUGUCAUCACUCUUUUCCAUUUUGCAGUGACUGUGAUAUGUGUGGUCUCUGCUGCCACUGCCACUAAGGAAUACUGCAGUUUUUCAGGCUUGAAAUUAGGAAAGAGCAUGUUUUUUACUUGGGAGGGACAGUAGUUUGUUACCAACCAACAUAUAAAUAACUUUGUUCCUCUGAUAUACGUACCUAAAAAGCAGAUCUUUCAAAUAGGUAUAGCUGUAUGUAUGCUAUUACUAACCAAUAAUGUCUGUUUUUGUGAGAAGAUGAAGCUGUUAAAUGUUCUUUUAUCUGAACUCAUUUAAUUCAUGCUUCCUAAACUCAAUUGCCCUUUUAACAUAGAAUUCACAGUUAUCAGAAAAGCUUUAACCUAUUUGGGGAAUUUUUCUAGUGCUGCUUUAGUCUUAAAAUCAGGCACAAAAUGAUUACAUAUUGGAAAAGGGCUAUAAUAUUUAAGAUUCCCCGCUUUACAGUUAUCUCAAAGGUAUUUCUGUUUCCAUAUCAACAAUGCACCACAGUAGUGCAUGUUUUAUAAUGGCAAAUCCUUAGAAUUUUAAUAGUUUACCUCAAGUAUCUGCUCUUUCUUUUGUCCUCUGAUGUGCCUUGACCAAGAGCUGCCGCUUAUCACAUUGUAUUGAUUAUUUCUUCAUCUGUGAAGCUGUACAUUCAGCUCAGCACUUAAUCACUCUGAGGCUGGAUUUUUUGUCCUUGGGACAAGGACAAUAUGUUUAAAACUCUUCAAAAAUUAAAAAUUUUAAUGCUUGAUUUGAGUGAAGUGAUAAUUGUUUAACUUUUCCCUUUCUGAUUACCUUUGAAAUCUGAAAAUCUGAUCACUUCCUGAAGUUAGUAUGAUUUUCUCAGUUCUGAUCUUGUUAGAUGCUUCCUAAUUCAUUUUCUACUUGUAUUUCUUAUAGUUUUUAUUUAUGGUUGCAGUUGGUGUUCUCUCUGACAACUGUUCCCCCUCCCUCAAAAUUCUUCUCUUGUGCUCUCAUACCUUUUGCAACAGAAAUUCAAGAAUGUAAAAAUUGUGCCACCUCUGCAGCACCAGCAAAGAUAACUUGGCAGGGAUUCAAGAGAGAUCAAAUAAAUCAGAUUAACCCACAGUAUUGCUGGGUUUUUUUUCUGGAGAAAGUUAGGCUAUCAUGCCCAGCCCACUUCUGAGUUUCGUAUUUUCUCUUUCUUGCACAAGCAAACUCUUCCCUAGGAGAAUGUUUUUAUUUUUCUAGUCCAGAAGUACCCAAAAUAAAGUGCUUAAAACUCUGGGAGUUGGUUCAAAUAUGUUAGAUGAAACUCAUUUACAAGGUUGGCUUUUUGAAAACAGAAAUAAGAUUGUGACUGUUCAGAGGUUUCGUAUCCAACCACUGAGUCUUGUUACUAGAAAUUGUGGAGCAAUUGUCAAAUAUGCAUCAGGGCAGGGACUCCAGGUCAAACAGCUGGCAUGGUACAGGAAUAUGCUGACUUUCCACUUCUUUCAAAGUUUCCUCACUGUCUGAAACUUACUCAUCUCAAAUGCUCAAGAAUUAUGAGGCAAGUAAUGUUGGCACUCUGAGGCUAUGGAGUCCUGAAUCUUUUAUAAUGCAUAGUUUGAUUGUUUCUUGAGAGAUGGUUUCUCAGAGGUCUCUUGUAAGUUGUUCAUACAGUUGAUGGGGGACUGAAUCUUCCUUUCCCAUCUCCAGCAAUUUCAGGAACAGAAAUCCUAGGAAAGAUUCUGGGCUUAUGAUAAAAAAUAAAGGUCAGGGACGGUCAGGGAAAUAACAUUUGUAGAUGCUGGAGGUAACCAUGCUCCUAUUUUGCCACUCUGCCUUUUUUGGUGCAUUUCAUGUAGCCCAUGGAGCUCUCCCUGUGCUGGUAGGACCUCAGGUCUGCUUGUGCAGAGAAGCCUCUGAGGUAGAUAAGCUAGGUAAAAUUUAAAUAUGCUGGUGUCACUUGGCAUUAGAGCUGAUUUAGCUUGCCCUUUAUCCAUUUAAAUGCAGACUUCUCAUUUCAUUAACUGGAAAGCAACCUUCAUUUAAAAUGAGUUAGUGAUGGGGGCUUUUAUGUAUCACUUCAUCCAUGCUUUACUGCAGUACAUAGGGUGGAAGAAACAGUUUUUGGAUGUGUGCUAGAAACAAUCAGCUCUUUUUUGGUGUAAAUAGUUGAGGACAGAGAGAAAUAAGCUCAUUUUAAAUAUGUGUUUAGAUUGAAAGUGUGUUGCAGUGGAGCCUAGCUAUCACCCCAAGCAAUUAUAUUUCCAAUUUUGCCCUUUGGGGACAGAAAAAGGCUGUCAAAUGCUGGGUUGUCUGCAAAUCAAGAAAGCCUUUUGAGUUCUUUUUGUUGUUAAAAGUGUCACUUACUGAGAGCAAACAAUUCUAAUAAAUGAAUGGUAGUUGAUGCUCAAAACUUGGCAGAAAGUUUCAAAGCUGUGUAAGGGCAUUUGGGAAAUGGAUACACAGCUUUCUGUGCCACAUGUUUGAGGGAAGCUCCAUAGAGAGAGCAAACUAAAAUGACAACAUUUUCAUGAUAUCCUGUUUUUUCUGUAAAUGACAGAUUAGGUGUAGAGUUCAGUUACCCACAGAUCUUUCCUUCACAAUCUAGGACUGCUGUACUGCUGAGGGGAAACAGACAACCAGUGGUUGCUUUCUGUAUAAAGAUUUGGACAUGGAUAAUCUUACAAGAAUUUUAUGAUUGCUGUUCGGUUAUAUUUAAUUAAACAGUAUCUUAUUCUCCAGUUCAUGGGAACCCUCCCUAUCUUAGGGUAGGGCAGGGAAUUGGAAGGGUUCCCAGAGAAAGACCAGGGUUGCGUGGAAAAGCAGGGGAUCCCACCAGUUUUUCACGUGUCAGGCAACUUGGAGCCAAGCAGAGGUAAGUGCUUGUAACUCUUUACCACAGCAGUGCAUGGAAGACUUAGAAGUUAUUCACUUAGGGAUAGCAAAUGACCGAGCUCUUAUAUUUGAAGUAAAUACUACAAAACAUUCCCCCCCCCUCCCCAAUUUGCUGGCAUUAAUUAAGCUGAAUUGAGUUCUUUGCUUCAUCUGGUAUUCUAGUGCCCACUCAACUUGUCAAGCCUGAGGUUUCUGUUCUGAUCUAAGUAUCUCUUUUGAGAUUUGUUGUCUGUCUUCUGCUUUCCAGAUCUCAGAGAAGUGUUUUCCACAAGAGGGUAUAAGACAGCAUUUUGCAUUAACCCACUGCCAUGAAAUAGGCUGUUAAUUCCUAUUCCUUGCACUACCUUUGCUUGGAUCAUGACAGUGUAUUAUUACCCAUCUCUGCUUAGGGAAAGAGAACGACUCCAGUGAGCACAACCUGCCUACUUGUUCCUGUUGGGAUUCAGGUAAAACACAGAUUCUCACACGCUCAGGCAGACACCUAAAAUGGUGUUAGCAAGUCCCAUGGCUGAAAGCCAAGACAUGAGUAGUGCUCCCUCAUACACAUCUCAGAUGGACCUGUCACUGCUGCUCAGUCAACAGCAGUGUCGAAAACCAAGGAGCAGUGCUUCCUCUCCUCUUCACAGAGCUCUUAACUGUUGGUAUAAUAGACAGUCUGUUGCCUUUAAGAAAACAAACAUGUGAACUCUCCUGCAUCUAAUAUUAAGUGACAUUGUCAAAAGAGGUUGUGGUCAAUCUCCUUGAAGAAGGAAAGGAGCUUUUCAGGACAGCAGUUUCCUAAACAAGAACCUGCUAUAUCUAAUGGGGAGGUCUUCUGCCAAACAGUGCUGCUCCAGGGAACCUGCAGCGCUUCCAGGAAGGCAUGCAUGGUAUGGAGGUGACUGCUGAAGAUGUUGAUGAAGAGUGGCAAGGACUUGAAGAAAAUGUUGCCCAUGUCCCCUUCACUGCGGAGCGCUACUCUGAGGCUGAAAUGAUUAAAAGGUCACAGACAUUUUAUGAGCUUCUAAAUAAGAGGCGAUCUGUCAGGUUUCUUAGUGAUGAGCCGGUCCCCAGGGAGGUUAUCGAUAAUGUCAUCAGAACAGCAGGUACUUCACCUAGUGGAGCACACACUGAGCCCUGGACCUUUGUGGUAGUGCAAGAUCCAUAUUUAAAACGUAAGAUUCGUGAAAUUGUAGAAGAAGAAGAGGAAAUCAACUACAAAAAAAGGAUGGGAGACAGAUGGGUUAAUGACCUGAAAAGAUUCAGAACAAACUGGAUCAAAGAGUACUUGGACACUGCUCCAUAUCUGAUCCUCAUUUUCAAGCAGGUAUAUGGGCGGCUUCCAAAUGGCAAGAAGAAGACGCAUUACUAUAAUGAAAUCAGUGUUUCGAUUGCCUGUGGUAUCCUGCUUGCUGCACUGCAGAAUGCAGGUCUGUACACGGUGACCUCCACACCCCUCAACUGUGGUCCCCAGCUCCGGGUGCUGCUCCAGCGCCCAGCAAAUGAGAAGCUACUCUUGUUGCUCCCUGUUGGCUAUCCCAAGAAAGAUGCUACUGUGCCUGCGCUGACCAGAAAGCCGCUGGAAGACAUCAUGGUGGUCAUGUGAGCCCAGUGCCAGGAGGAAGGAGUGCAUCCCUGCUGACAGCUAGGAAGCAGCAGCCUGAUGAAGUUGUCAUUGCUGUUUCUUUGCAUCAUCCCCUAUGUCACUGUUGCUCUCUGGCAGUUUACAUCUGUAUUUCUUUUAGUGCUACUAACAGCAGUGAGCAAUCAAGCGCUGUGCAUUUGACAGGUGCUGUCACUUAUGAAACCAGGCAGUUGUUCCAGGGGACAAUGGCAUUUAAAUGACCUUCAUCACUUGAUUUUUCUCAUGCAUUGGGGGGGACAAAUCUUUCCUUGAACUGGAAUAUAUAUUCUUCUUAUACUUUUCUGAUUGCCAUUACACAGUUAUUUUAAGAAUUUUAAUGAAGGUUGUAUUAAAAGAUAUAAAGAGGUCAGA